AUGUCCUCCCAAUUUUUGCAGACUGAGCUUGCAAACCUCAUUCAAGAGUCUAGGCGGAAGAACGCGGACUUGCGCAAUGCUGCCGAGCAAUCACUUAACGAGUUGAAGGCGCUGCCUUCAACCUCAGAAGCUCAAAUAGCAGCAGAUCUUGUUCGCAAACCAACUUUUGUUGAGCCGUUCAUCAUCGCUUGUCAUACUCGACAUGCAAAACUCGCAGGAAUCGGAGUGAUUUGCUUGCAGCGAUUGAUUGCUUCUCGAUCUCUGCCCUCUCAACGCCUCAAGGACGUCCUUGCUGGCCUGAGAGAGACGACGAGUCUGAGCCUUGAUAUUCAAUUAAAAAUCCUCCAAUCGUUACCUUCGCUGUUGCAGUAUUAUUCCAACGAGCUUAGUGGAGAACUUCUUGCAAACACAUUAGAAAUAUGCGCUACUUUGCAAGCAAGCAAGACGAUGGCCGUCAGUAGCACUGCUGCUGCUACGCUCCAACAGUUAGUGGUGUCGACAUUUGAAAGGGUGUCGAAUGAAGACAGAAUUCCUCACGACGAGAAAUCCACCACCACAGUCAAGGUCGACGGUCAGUCGGUUGAGGUUGGACAAUUCGCGUUCGAUGCGUUGCAAGUUCUGGAAGAUCUGUGCCGUCUCAUCGAAGGCGAACAAUUGCAAUUCCUGCGCACGAGAACUCUAUCUCUGACGUUUGUUCUUGAGCUCAUCGAAAGCAUCAUCCUCAACAGCGGCCGCCUCUUUGUCAGUCAUCCCGAACUUUCGCAAGUGCUGCGAGUUCGUUUGAUGCCCUUGACAGUGAGAUACCUCUCGGAGAGGCAUUCGUUUUCCCAGACUGUUCGGAUUGCGCGCAUUCUUCUUGUGCUCCUGAAACGUCACAUGUCUCUUCUGCCCGCCGAAUGUGAGAUGGCAUUUGGCCUGCUAACUCAUUUGCUUGAACCUGAUGGUAAUGCGCCCUGGAAACGCGUCUUGUGUAUGGAGGUCUUCCGCGGUAUCUAUGCCGAACCGGGCGUUGUUCGCCAAAUCUACACCUUAUACGAUGGAGAAAAAAGCAGAAAGAACGUUCUCCGAGAUCAUAUGGCAGCACUUGUUCGGCUCGCGUCGGAGAAACCCAAUCUGAUCGGGGUCAGCAACCAAUCCACGGUGCCAUCACGCGCUGAACAUUCACGCUCCGCAACGGAGGAUCAGAUCGCCCUUGAAACCGGUGGCGUCGCAGGUGUUAUAGGGUCAACAGGCCCACCAGCAGAGACCAGAGUACCUGGAAUCAGCAGCCAGUGGAGUGUUGUACGGACCCCUUAUAUCGAGCUACUCGAUAAAACGGAGCCAUCACUACCGCCAGACACCUAUAUAUACAGCCUUGUUCUCAACUGUAUCAGCAGCUUCGCCGAAGGCCUUGGAAAAUUUAUCCUUCCUCUCACAGUUCCGGACUUGAGGCAGAAGAAGAAGAGCCGCUACGCGAACCCGGAUCAGGGACCCGACUCUGCUCGAUCCUCUCAAGAUCUCCAAUCUGACGCGUGGAGGGCUCAAACAGCCUCACCAGGGAAGCGGUCGUCAGUACCUGUUAAUCCUCUGGAUUUGACGUCACAUAUACAAUACUCCGCAAUUAAGACCUGUGCCGGGAUAGUGGAGAAUUGUUGGCCUGCUGUUCUUGCAGCCUGCUCCACCUUUUUGCACGCUUCCCUAGACGAUGAGUAUUACCACAACCUCGUACGAGCGUUCCAAAAGCUAGCACAUGUAGCUGGCCUUCUGAGACUCUCCGUCCCUCGUGAUGCAUUCCUUACCACACUUGGAAAGGCUGCUACUCCCGUGAGCACAAGCGGUUCCAAAGGGCAAGCCCCUGCCACUCCGACCGCAACGGGCUUUCAGUCCAAUGAGAGUUAUCAGAAACCGCGAAAGAGCUCAGAUAUGCUAAGAACAACCUCAUUGCCCGCGGAAUCUUCUGGGAUGGAAAGUUCAGCGCCGUCUUUGAGCACAAGAAAUCUGCUUUGUCUUCGGGCUUUACUCAAUCUCGGCAUUGCAUUAGGGCCCACUUUGGACCAGCCGGCCUGGGCAAUUUUGUUCGAGACAUUGCAGUACACUGGACUCGUAAUCGGUAUAUCUUCCAGCACUAUGGUUAAAUCGGCCAAUGCUUCCGGCGAAACCACGGUAAUUUCUGGGAAUGAUAUCCCAACUGCGAAUUUAGGAGUUGAAGUUAUUGCAGUUCAAGCAGCCUCAUCCAAGAUGUUUGAGAGCACCAGUGAUUAUCCUAGCGAGGCUUUCCAAGAGAUCCUCCGUGCACUGUUGAAUCUGUCUACAUCGACGGCACCAGAACCAAGGAACGAGCCAGAACAAGAAUUUUCUGAGAUGCCAAGUACCCCACAAUCUUCACGAAAGUCUGGACGGAUGCAUCCAAAUACUCGGCGAGUGUCUCACACGGUGGGAAUAUCUAGGAUGCAGGAUGAGGAGCUCAAAUUUGUUUUGGAGAAAGGAAACGAACUAGCCCGUGCGAACCUUCAGAGGCUAUCGUCACUUGACGAGGAGGACAACAAAUCAUGGCAAAUCCUCACAAAAAGCCUUAUCUCUGCUUCCGCCAACACUGGAAUCAGUCCAAACCUUCGCCUGCAAUCUAGCGGAAUCCUCAACUCAUUGGUCUUCUUGACAAUGAACCCACAAAAUGUCGAUGAGACGGUCCUGAACCAGGUCCAUACGAGGAAUCUUGAAACACUCAAGAGCCAAGUAGCAUCACUUUACCCGUCUGAUUCGUCCUCUGCCAAGUCGCUUCCAAUCACUGUUGUUGAAAUCCACGAGCAGAGCCUGGAGAUUCUUCAGAAUAUCCUCGAGCAAUACGCUGAAACUUUCGCAGACGGAUGGAGUCUUACUUUUGACUUGAUUUCGGGAGUCUUCCAAGGGAUCCCACAGGCUGAAAGUGGGGAUCUUCUUCCAACCACCCCGGCUGAGCGGAGGUCAUCAGCCCUUCCAGCCGGUCCUCGUUUAGUUCGCGCAGCAUACAAGUCUCUUCAUCUUGUGGCUUCAGACUUCCUCACCUUGUUGCCCGCUCCCUGUCUUUUGAGCCUGGUCAAUGCAUUCUCCAGCUUUGCCUCGCAAACCCAGGACUUCAAUAUCUCAUUGACCACAACAUCAUUUUUCUGGAACGUCUCCGACUUUCUUCACGGACAAAUCGAGGAAUUCUCAAUUGAGAGUCAUGUUGAUGCCGCUGUCAGCGACGAAGAAUUGGCGAACCUUGCUCGCGACAAUGAUCCCUCUGUCUCAAAGAAUUCGCUUUGGCUGCUGUUGCUGCUCCGUAUCGUCGACAUUGCGACAGACUCAAGGCCAGAGAUUCGAAACAGCGCGAUCCAUACUCUUCUCAGGAUUUUCGACGCUUAUGGGCAACACCUGUCACCAAAAGCAUGGAGGUUGUGUCUGAACAGAGUCUUGUUCCAAAUGGUGGAAGCUGUUCAAAACAAUCUCCUCAAGUCGAAGAACAAGCUAAGUGGAUCGGAAGAUAGCCUCAAAUCACGGGUGGAAACGACUGUCGUGAUGAUCAACGGGAUCUCAAAUCUCAUCACAAACUUCUUCGAUACCAUCGUGAGCGAUGAAAAGUUCGAUGAGUCCUGGACUCGGCUGUUAAAUUACUUGCAGGCAUUGGCAGACAUGCAACUUCUAAGGUUCAGCGAGGCAAUUUUCGUUAGCCUCUGUGCCAUUCUUGUUAGAGUGGAAUCCCCAAACGGGCUCAGCAAGAAAGCGCUCCAAUGUGCAUGGGAUCUGUGGGCAAAUGGCCACCCCGCUGGAGACGAAGCCGUGCUCGAUCUCGAUCGGCCCAACCAAGACGCCGCGUUGGCAUACAUGCAGUCUUUCCAGCAGAUAUAUCGUCUCUACAAAGAUGAUUUGACCACGGAUCAUGUCGAAAAGGUACUCCAGCACCUGCGUUUGCUUGUGUGGAACUCGGUAUACCCACCUUAUUCCCCGGAUAUCGACCGCUCUUCCGCUGUCCAGGGGCUGGUCAUUGAUUGCAUCAGGACUAUUUGCCUAGAGAAGGAGGCAUCACAGGCUGCUAUUCUCUUGUGUCUCGCAGAACUGUCAGAUUCCGCCCUGUCAAAGUGGAGUCCCAGCAACGACUCGAGGAAACCAACCUUCGUUGCAUUCUCCAAGGGCGCCAUAGAUCUCGUAAGCUGGUACAUCGCGGACUUCGGUAUCAAGCAAGAUAUUUUUUCGAAUCAAGCACUCGCCACUGCACUCGAGCAUCUCCACGCAUCAAUCAAGCACAAGUACAUGUGGGAAGGCAAGGAUCGCGAACCUUAUCUCUGGCAAAAAGCCACAACUGCGUCUCUGAACGUUCUCCAAGUCGCAGUACCCUACGUGGAGAAGCAGUACCCCAGAGCCAAGGAAGCAAUAAUUGCACGCUUCUGGCAAGGUGUCGUGGACAUCACCGACGGCAUCGUUUCAGCCCGUGGAUUCCAGACGCAACACCUACCAAAUGUCCGAAUCCUAUCCGAUGAAGCAUUCGACCUCACAGCGUUCACCCGGCUAAAGAUGAUUAUUCUCCCAUCCCUCGGUGCCUCCAAUAUCCCCGACCCAAUUCGCCGUGACUUCGCCUGCGCCCUCUUCCACUCCUCAUUCAUCUACGCUCCCCAGCGCUUCGAUCUUCCCUCCGCUCCGAUCGAGGAUUCCCCUCUCGAACAUUUCUACCGCGUUCGCGCAGGUCGCACCUUCGACCCGCCCCCGACACUGCGCCCCAAAAUGGCCUACGCACUCAUGGACACCCUCUUCGAGCUUGCAGGUAAUCCCGACUUUGAGUCCAAGUCCACCCCAUCUCCGCAGACUCUGCUCGCCAGGUCUAUCUCUCCAUACCUCCUGCUCCGCUGCGCUGUCUCGCUCAAGGGCUACAUCGCCGACCAGCCUCUCCGGGGUCUCAUGCCCCAGCCGAGUCUAUCACGGAAAGCCUUGUUACAUCUUCUGCUUCAGAUGGUCCAGCUUCAAAGCGAUCCUUCUGCCAUCCCAGACGCCCCCUCUAUCAAGACUGUUGCGGCAACGACCGAUGAUGACGAGUCCCCGCGUCACCACCGAAAGCAUCUCGAGUGGUUGUAUCCGCUCAUUGUCCAAGCCGUUCAGGUUGCGGGUAAAGAGCGUGACGAUGGACAGGUACUCCAGGCAUUGAGCAAGGUGUUGCAACAGACUGGCCGAUUCGAGUAG